AUGUAUCCCACCCAGCAUCCUUCAAUGCCCCCGCCGGGCCAGCAACGCUCCGUCGCCCCCGAGACCUUCCUCCUCGACCAAGACGCCCAGCAGAGCUUGCCGCAGGACUCCGUCGUCGCCCUGCAGCAGGUCGACAACCGUAUGUGCAUCUCCGCCCUUCCCCCGGCGCGCGCGCGUAAAACACCCACCCUCACCUGCACCCAACCGCUAACCUCCAUCAUCGCCAUGCAGUCAAGUACUUCCUCAUCUCCGCUCCCGUCGAUUGGAGUCAAGAUCAGUACAUCAGGCGAUUCCUGCUACCUACCGGCGAAUAUGUCUCCUGCGUGCUAUGGUAUGUCCGCUGCAUGCCCCGUGUGCCGUGUCGUGCGUACCCGCGCUGACCACCACCCUACAGGAACAAUCUCUUCCACAUCUCCGGCACCGAUAUCGUCCGAUGCCUGUCCUUCCGCUUCCAGGCCUUCGGUCGCCCCGUCAAGAACACCAAGAAGUUCGAGGAAGGCAUCUUCUCAGACCUCCGCAACCUGAAGUCGGGCACCGAUGCAUCGCUGGAAGAGCCGAAGAGUCCCUUCCUGGACUUCCUCUACAAGAACAAUUGCAUACGCACGCAGAAGAAGCAGAAGGUCUUUUACUGGUACAGCGUGCCCCAUGACCGUCUCUUCCUCGAUGCCCUCGAGCGCGACCUGAAGCGCGAGAAGAUGGGCCAGGACGCGACUACGGUAGCCGUCAGCGAGCCUGCCCUGUCCUUUGAAUUCGAUUCCUCGCAAUCCCUCUUCGAACAGCUCACCAAAGCUCAGCAAAACAACCAGUCGACCUUCAACGCGCAGCCACCCUCCAUGCCACCCUCGCACUCGACCUCGCCCGUGCUCCGCGCUGCCGAUUCCAUGGCCCCGCCAUCCAUGCUCCCGCAGCAGCAGAUGCCGCCCACUUCCAUGCCCCAGCAAAUGUCGCAACAAUCCAGUAUGCAACCCGGCAUGCACGCUGAUUCCAUGACCCAUGUGCCAACCUACUCCCAGAUGGCCAUGCCGCCCAUGCCUUCGCAGAUCGCCAAGACCCGUGAGCAGUCCAUGGGUCCCGUCUUCGACCGCAACGGCGUUCCCGUCUCGCAGGUCGCGAACCGACACAGCUCCAUGCCUGCCUACAUGGAAUACUCUCCCGCACCAUCCUUCGUGUCGUCCCACAUGGAGGAUUACAGCCAGCGUGGCAUCUCCUUCGAGCCCAUGACCCCGCCGCAGCACAGCAUGGGCAUGUCCUCCGAACCGACCUACAUUGCCAAUGAAGAUACCGGUCUCUACGCCGCCAUCCCGGAAGUUGGCCUGCAACAGCCAUUCAACCCGUUGAUGUCGGUUCCUCCCAACCUCUCCGCCGCGCACUACCCGUCUGCGCUGUCCCGCAACUACCAGCCGCAGCAGGUCUACUCGGUCCUGGAGGGCUCGCCCACAUACAAGCAGAGGAGACGUCGAUCGUCUCUCACCCAGACUGCCGUCACGACCGGCGUGGCCUCGGGAGGUGCGGUCACCGCGCACGCGCAUGCGGUCCACCGGCCGAGUGAUCUCCGCCGCUCUGUGUCGCAGUCGGUUGCGCCUCCGGCGAUUCCCGAAGGGCAGGAGGUCUCGUACAACGACUCGCCCGCCAGCAUGCACGCUACCCACCACCCCAUGAUGGGCGACCACAAGGAGUUGAUGGACCUCUCCCGGCACAGCACACCUUUGCACGCCGUGGAGGGCGCGAACGACGAUACCACCCCUCAACAUGCGCACCGACAGCACAUGGGAAUGGGGCAAGUCCAGGCGGAGGACUUUGCUGCGCAAUACAAUUCGAGCCCGAGCCAGGACUAUCGCCAUCCUUCGCUGCAGCACCACGCUGUCCAGCGCACGGCCAACGGAGUCUACCGGAGAGCACGCAGCGCGACAAUUGGCGAGCUCGGCCCAUACCCGCAGAAAAGUCACUCGUGUCCGAUCCCCAUGUGUGGCCGCCUGUUCAAGCGCUUAGAGCACCUGAAGAGGCACGUCCGCACACACACGCAGGAGCGGCCAUAUCUCUGCACGCUCUGUAACAAGGCCUUCUCCCGCUCCGACAACCUGGCGCAGCACCGCCGCACUCACGAGACAAGCGCGGAUGGCUCGGCGCCUUCGGAAGAGGAGAUGGAGGAAGAGCGAGAUGCUCUGGCGGAGAGCGAGGAAUCUCAGGACCCAAUCGACGAGGCAUCGUAUCAAGCGAUUGCCAUGACGACCGGACAGGAUCUGCCCGCGAUGCCGACUCACGUGGACAUGCGCAGCCUGCACCAGACAGAGAUGGGCCCGCCACAGCAGCUGGUCACGACUGGCGACUAUCAAUGA